AAUGAGCCAAUCGCGAGGCGGAGCUGAGAGGCAGACAGCGCUCGGGAUGAGUGCCUGUUUCAAUGCAAUGAUCCACUCGACCGGCUGCUUAACGAGGGAAGCUUAGCGAGGGGAACUCCCCAGUGGAUCAGCUGUGGAGUGCAUCAUUCUUAUCAGAACCGCGGUAGUAGCUGGCGACUGGUAGCCGGUGUAUUCGAGAAACGGGCCACCACCUGAGAGUGUCACGUCGAAUUGUUGACCCGGACUUCCUUCCGAUUGGAUCGGCACCGAGAUCCACAGAGCCGGCUAUACCUUUCUGCUUAGCCCCCCCCCCCCCCUCCUCGGCCUGGCGCAAGCAAGUGGAGAAGAAGAAUCAAACCCUGUUGCUGUUUUCUUCCUAGGUUGUUAGGAAGCUAUCAUUCGCGUUGCUUUCGUUGACGGGAAAAUUGGGUUUCCGCAUUGCUUUUGAUUUUAAUUCAUAGACUAUGUAGUAACAUGACUGAAGACUGAAGAUUAGCUAACCGCCUUAAAAACACUUCAGGUCCGAUCCAUCCAGUUACAAUCCGUGGGAGGCGUUGCUUUCGGUUACUGAUGCGAUGGGACGUGGUAGCUAGCUUGCUAUAGAGCAGCCACUGGGAUUUGAAUCGGAUUUAUAAUGAAUGCGACAUUGUCUGUCGUAUCCUUGUCAGAAGAGCUAGGUUACCUGGCCAGCUAACUGAAACUACCCGCAAACGUAGAGAGACGCGCGGAAGGGGCUUCGUGGAUAACGCGUAGUUGGCUAGUUAAUAAGCAAAGCUAAUUAUGUGGACGUUGAAAACGUGAAAAGGCUAGCUAUCGUAGGCUAAACACAAGAUGGUUUGUGAUGUAACAGCGUUAGAAUGAAUUGUGACUGGGUAGUUAAGUUGACGAUUAAAAUAAAUUUACCAUUUUUAUCAGUAUUUUUACGGGACUAGCAUUCGAAUGUGCAUUUUAGGUAGUAUCGGACAUUUUUCGUUACUUUGAUAUUUUUUUGUUUACCUAAACACGCGCCCUUUGGGUUGAUGGAUUAAUCCCGCUUUCUGGAUAUAAAUGAAAAUAUUGAAACAGGAAUCGGAUCCUACAAUGCCAAAGGAAUUACUGGCCGGUGUUUUUCAUUUAAUUGCACUGUAGUGUGGAUUUUAGGUUCUCCGCAAUUGUUGGAUUUUCCUGGAUUUCCCCGCUUUCCUGGGCUCCGUUGGCUCAUCACCUCCUCCCCUCCCCCUUUCGCCGCUCGAUGCCGAAUAUCUGAGCAACUCGUGUAUCUUUUCCCCCUGAGAUGCUGAAGUGUAUCCCGCUGUGGCGCUGUAACCGCCACGUCGAGUCGGUGGACAAGCGACAUUGCUCUCUCCAAGCGGUACCCAAUGAGAUAUACCGCUAUAGUCGGAGCCUGGAGGAGCUGCUCCUUGAUGCCAACCAACUUCGUGACCUGCCCAAGCCUUUCUUCCGGCUGCUGAACCUGCGUAAACUGGGCCUGAGCGACAAUGAGAUCCAGAAGCUUCCCCCCGAGGUGGCCAACUUCAUGCAGCUGGUGGAGCUGGACAUCUCCCGGAACGACAUUCCUGAGAUCCCCGAGAGCAUCAAGUUCUGCAAGGCGCUGGAAAUCGCGGACUUCAGCGGAAACCCCCUCUCCAGAUUGCCUGAUGGUUUCACACAGCUCAGAGCUCUGGCCCACUUGUCUCUGAAUGAGGUAUCUCUGCAGUCAUUGCCGAACGACAUCGGCAACUUGGCCAACCUGGUGACCCUGGAGCUUCGGGACAACCUGCUGAAAUCGCUGCCCACGUCCCUGUCGUUCCUGGUCAAGCUGGAGCAGUUGGACCUGGGCAAUAAUGAAUUGGAGGUUCUGCCGGACACCAUGGGGGCUCUCCCCAACCUGAGGGAGCUGUGGCUGGACCGAAACAACCUCUCCUCCCUGCCCCCGGAGCUGGGGAACCUGCGCAAGCUGGUGUGUUUGGACGUGUCGAAGAAUCGUCUGGAGAAGCUGCCUGCUGAGAUCAGCGGCCUGCUGGCCCUGACUGACCUGCUGCUCUCUCACAAUCAGCUGGAGCUGCUCCCCGACAGCAUCGGUUCCCUGAAGCAGCUGUCCAUCCUGAAGGUGGACCAGAACCGGCUCACCCACCUGACGGACUCCGUGGGCGAGUGCGAGAACCUGACGGAGCUGAUACUCACGGAGAACCUGCUGCAGAGUCUUCCUCGCUCCAUGGGGAAGCUGAAGAGGCUGAGCAACCUGAACGCGGACCGCAACCGCCUGUACGGCGUCCCGGCGGAGCUGGGCGGCUGCGUGGGCAUGAGCGUGCUGUCUCUGCGGGACAACCGGCUGGCCAAGCUGCCCGCCCAGCUGGGCGACGCCACCGGGCUGCACGUGCUGGACGUGGCGGGCAACAAGCUCCAGAACCUCCCGUUCUCUCUGACGAACCUGAACCUGAAGGCGCUGUGGCUGGCAGAGAACCAGUCCCAGCCCAUGCUCAAGUUCCAGACGGAGGACGACGCCCAGACGGGCGACAAGGUGCUCACCUGCUACCUGCUGCCCCAGCAGCCCUCCUCCAGCCUCGAGAACCUUCUGGAGAACAGCCUGGACGACGGGCCGACGGACGGCAACCUGAACCGCGUGCCCGUCAUCCACUUCCAGGACGGCGCCAAGGACGACGAGGACGACGACGAGGCGGCCGAGGAGCGCAGGGGUUUGCUGCGCCGGGCGACGCCCCACCCCAGCGAACUGAAAGUGAUGAAGAAGGUGAUGGAGGAGAAGAGGAACGAGCACACACCCCGCGCUGAUGAAGAGCACCGCCUCGACAAUGAGGACAAGCGCCUAAGCAGUCUAUCAAAUCAGAGCAACGAAUCGCACGCCUCGAACAGCACCGCCUCCGCCGGGUCCCACGAGGAGAGGCGGGACCUCAUCACCACAUGGGCGGAGCCAGCCAAUGGGCAGAACCACGCCGGGGAUGGGGAGGAGCUUGACGAGAUGGAAGUGGAAUACAUAGAGCCCACGGUGCACUUUGCAGAGGAGCCCAUCAUCCGCCGGCGUGCGGAAAACGGGGGGGAGGAGGAGGACGGCGAGGGCAGCGAGGAAGACCGGCCGCCGGCGUGCCCGCCCGAGAGGCAGCGACUGUUCCGCAAGGACACGCCCCACUACAAGAAGCACUUCAAGAUCAGCAAGCUGCCCAAGCCCGAGGCGGUGGCCGCCCUGCUGCAGGGCUUCAGCCCCGAGGCCCAGCCCCCGUCCCGCCCCCCCGCCGACGAGGAGGAGAAGGAGGAGGAAGAGGAAGAGGAGGAGGAGGAAGAGGAGGAGGAGGAGGAGGAGGGCCCACAGCGCCCCAGGAGGGAGGAGACCCACCUGGAGGACAGCGCCCUGGCUGACCGCCUGAACUCCUCCCUGCAGCCUUUGAAGGGGGUGUCAUUUGAUCAAGUCAAUAAUCUGCUGAUUGAGCCUGCUCGUAUUGAGGCGGAAGAGCACACGCUGACUAUCCUCCGGCAGACGGGGGGCCUGGGGAUCAGUAUCGCAGGGGGCAAAGGCUCCACGCCUUACAAGGGGGAUGAUGAGGGAAUCUUCAUCUCUCGGGUGUCUGAGGAUGGGCCUGCUGCCAGGGCGGGGGUCAAAGUGGGAGACAAACUGCUGGAGGUGAACGGGGUGGACCUGCACGAGGCGGAGCACCAGCAGGCGGUGGAGGCGCUGCGCACCUCGGGCGCGGCCGUCUCCAUGACGGUGCUGCGGGAGCGCAUGGUGGAGCCGGAGAACGCCGUCACCACCACGCCGCUGCGGCCCGAGGACGACUACUUCCCCCGCGAGCGCCGCAGCGGCCUGCCCUUCUGCGCCGACCCCCCCUCCCCCGACGGGGCGCACCGCCGCCUCUCCGCCUGCCUGGCCCGCAACGACAAGGGCCUGGGCUUCAGCAUCGCCGGGGGCAAGGGCUCCACCCCCUACCGCACCGGCGACACCGGCAUUUACAUCUCCCGCAUCGCCGAGGGAGGGGCUGCUCACCGUGACAACACGCUGCACGUGGGGGACAGGGUCAUCUCUAUCAAUGGCGUGGACAUGACAGAGGCCAGGCAUGACCAGGCAGUAGCGCUGCUUACCGGCACGUCCCCCACCAUCACCCUGCUGGUGGAGCGCGAGCUAGCCGCCGCCGCCGCCGGUGCCUCCUCCCCCGCGCCCGGGGGCUCCCCGGCCAGCGGCCGCGCCCGCCCCCACUCCCCCCCGCCCCCCGAGCCCGCCGACCUCGCCGACGACCCAGACCUCCCCGACGACGGCCCGGACCACGCCAACCACCUCGCCCGCACCCUGGAGGACGAGUACCCCAUCGAGGAAGUGACUCUGGUGAAGGCGGGCGGUCCGCUGGGGCUGAGCAUUGUGGGAGGCAGCGACCAUGCCAGCCACCCGUUCGGAGUCAGCGAGCCGGGGGUGUUCAUCUCCAAGGUGAUCCCGCACGGGCUGGCGUGCCGGAGCGGCCUGCGCGUGGGAGACCGCAUCCUGGAGGUGAGCGGCAUCGACCUGCGGCACGCCACGCACCAGGAGGCCGUCCACGCCCUGCUGUCCAACCGGCAGGAGAUCCACCUGCUGGUGCGCCGGGACCCCGCCCCGCCCGGCAUGCAGGUAAUCGAGAUCCUCAAACAGCCGGGUGAAAAGUUGGGCAUCAGCAUCCGGGGAGGUGCCAAGGGCCACGCGGGCAACCCCUUCGAUGCCACGGACGAGGGCAUCUUCAUCUCGAAGGUGAGCUCCAGCGGGGCGGCGGCACGGGACGGCCGGCUGCAGGUGGGCAUGCGCAUCCUGGAGGUGAACAACCAGAGCCUGCUGGGCAUGACGCACUCGGAGGCCGUGGGGGUGCUGCGCAGCGUGGGCGACACGCUGGACGUGCUGGUGUGCGACGGCUUCGACCCCAGCACCGCCCCGCCCGUGGAGACCUCCCCCGGGAUCAUCGCCAACCCGUUCACCACGGGCAUCGUCCGCAAGAGCAGCCAGGAGAGCAUCUCGUCCAUCGACCGGGACCUCAGCCCCGAGGACGCCGACGCGGAGCAGCCGGAAGUGGAGAGACAGCGAGGGCCCACCCAGUGGGAGAGAGAAGAGGAGAAGAAAGUGAACUUUGGUGUGGAGCCCCUCAAACUGGACUACAGGACACUGGCCGCUCUGCCCACCACCAGCCUGCAGAAGGUCAAUCGGACUUCUUCCUCUGAGCACCAGGGGGUGGGCAGCCCCUGCCGGGAUGCCCCGUCCUCGCCCCGAGAUGCCCCCUACUCGCCCCGAGAUGCCCCGUUCUCACCGAUCGCACAGCCGGCGAACAUUAAUCUGGUCUCCAAUGCGUCUCCUAAGGAGAACUCGCUGACUCGGCCGGGUGUGAUCCAGCCCCUCUCUCGUGUGUGGCAGAGCUCCACGUCGCCCAGUCCCGAAGGCCGGGGCAGCCCCAACCCCUUCCACCACAGCCCCUCCCCCGUCAGCUCGCAGGCCUCUCCUUUCACCCCCUCCCCUCUCACGCCCGACGAGUUUCCCACCAAUAGCAAGCAGGCGUACAAGGCCUUUGCCGCCGUCCCCCACUCAUUGGCUGUGCUGGAGCCCCGUCAGGAAAACUCCGCCCAAAAGAACAACAUUCACCCCAGGCAUAUGUCACCAGAGACCCCACCCAGCAGGGGGCUCAGCAGCCCCGAGCAACGCUCCUUCAGGGACCGGCAGAAGUAUUUCGAGAUCGACGUGAAGCACCAGACGCCCGACAGCAAACCCAAGCCCCGCGUGUCCCUGGUGGGAGAGGACGAUCUGAAGAAGAUGAAGGAGGAGGAAGCGAGGAAGAUUGACCAGUGCGCCCGGGACUACCUCCUGUACGACGAAGACGAUGAUGACGAGGAGGAGACCUUCAUCUCGCCCAAGCAGAUGGCCGAGAUGAAGGCUCGGGGGAAGGUGGUGCUGGACGGGGUGGAGUACAAGGUGGAGAGCGUGGCCAGUCCCCAAUCUGCCACGCCCCCUGGCUGCCCGGCCACGCCCCUCGGCUCAGGGUCUGUAUCCGCGGACGGGAAGGCGGAGUCUCAGAGGAACUCUCUGGAGGACGGCUACAGACCGGAGCAGAGGCCAAACUCCAUGUCCGGGCUGAGCCCUGUGUACCCCGGGGACUCGGGCGCUCCGAUCCGGACGGCGAAGGCGGAGCGGCGGCAGCAGGAGAGGCUGCGCAUGCAGAGCCCGGAGCUGGGGCUGAGCGUCGCCCCCGACAGGGAGCUGUCCCCCGCAGAGAGGCGCGCCCUGGAGGCCGAGAAGAGGGCCAUGUGGAGGGCAGCGCGACCCUAUGGGCUGGAAGAGGAUGUUAGACAGUAUGAGCAGAACCUGGCCAAAAGGCUGUACCAGGCCCGCGUGAGAGCGGCUCAGAGCUCCGCCUCCAACGCCCCGCCCACCAGUAUGAAGUCACUGGAACAGGAUGCGCUCAAAGCCCAGAUGGUGAUCGCCAAGUCGCGCGACUCCAGGAAGCGCAGCACCCUGGACCAGCUGUCCGAGUCCCCGUCUCCGGCGGCCACGCCCUCUCCCACGCCCCUGGAAGACGCCAGCCCCAAGACUGUGACAUCACCGGGCAGAUUGUCCCUGUCAGAAAAGAAGUUUGACUACCGCCAGUUUGCAGCAAUUCCCUCUUCCAAACCUGUAUACGACAUCCAGUCGCCCGACCCUGCCGAGAACGCUCACCUGCCUGACGACAGCCCCAGCAACGCCGAUGCGGACGCUCCGGUGCCGGUGGCCCUGCCCUCCUCCUCUGCGCUGGAGGAGAUGUCUCUGUACAGCAGCAAGCGCAAGCUGAGACACGGCCGCCCCAGCCUGGAGACUGCUGUUCCUACAUAACUGCCCCACAUUAUACACACACACACACACACACACACGCGCACACACACUCCUUCACACACACACACACUCCCUCACACACACCCACACAUGCACACAGACACACACACGCACAAACACUCACACACACGCGCCUGCACAAAAGCGUUUUCGCAGACAGAUUGCAUGUAGAUACACACGGCAGCCAUUUUCCCUGUGAUGCGAGCACACACAGCUGCUGCCUCGCCUGCCAGAGCUGCCGUCUCUGUAAGGGGCGUGGCCACUGGCCUGGGCGUGUGGUCCACCGGGGCAUUCGAAACACCUCUGCAAGCUGCUGACUGGCUGUGAUGAGGAGGGUGUGGUCAGGUGGGGCUGUGCUGUCCUCCCGUAAAACGCCGCCAGCCCCAUCCUGUGCUUUUAUAUUCAAAUGAUUUCUUUCUUUCAGUUUGCGUUUUAGAAGCUGAAUUAUUUUAUUAACUGGUGACAAAUUGUUUUUAAUUUCUGAUUCCUCCACGAUUUUGAGGUUUCUUGGUUCUUGUAUUUUUUUUUUGUUGUUUUUUUUGCAUUGUUUUAAAAUCUAGUGUAAGAAAAAGAAAAACAGUAGUUGAUUGAUUAACUGUAAAUACGUUAGGAUGAUUAACUUUGGAGGUUUAGUGUUGAGGUGGUUGUAAGAUAGCAGGGUGGUGCAGAGGGUGUAAAUAUGCUGGGGGGGGCGCUCCUGACACCCGGCUCACUCGUACAGGGGGGGGUCCCUCCGCUACCUUCACCCCCGCUGGGAAAGCAGCGCAAUUCGGACACUACGCCUCUGCUCAGCUGCUGACCCCGCCCCGCUUUCCAUUUUAAAUACUUUUAAAAGUUCCUUUUAUACUAAAUUAUUCGACUCGAUUCUUCUUCCCGCGUGAUUUCUCAGAAUGGAAAACGGAAAAAAAAACAGCAUUUGAAGUGCUUCAGAUCCAGACGUGUUUGGUUGAGCGUUCCAGUACAUAUCAGUUCGGUGGGGCCGAGAUCCACCUGGCUUGGCUGCUAUUCACGGCAAAGAGACUGUUCUCAGAGUGUUGACGGAGAUGUACAGAGGCCUUGGUGCAAAGCUUUAGAUUUAUAUAAAUCAUUUAGUGCACAAAUGAUAUAAUUCUAACACGCGGUGCUUGUUACAUUACAGAUGAAUGUAUUCUUGAUGAUGCAAAGAUCUAAAAAAAAAAACUGGGUGGUGAAAUUCCACAGUUCUUCGCAAUGCAUUGUGAUUGUAAAUGGCAGUGAGUCUGAUUGACUUCAUUGUGUUGAAGCCGGGAAUCAUGGGAUUGCUCCUCAGAUGUGAUUGCCAUCAGUCAAAAGAGGAAAUUGUUCGGUUUAGAAUGUAGAACGUUCUGGUGUGGUGCGCGUGACGGGUCAGGAACAGGCUUCCAGGGGUUGACAUAAGUGGUGUGCAAGCACGCAUGCACGGCAAAAAGAUAAAAAUGUGCAGCGGCAAUUGUAUGCCCUAACGAAAAGCGUACCUAAUAAUAGAUAUGCACCUGAAAAUAGACACAAUAAAACAUUUUUUAUUGUUUUUUUUAAAAUAAUUUUUCCCAUGCAUGUGCAAUUGCAUACCACUUCUGUCACCUCCUAGAACACUUAAAGGUCCAUUUUUCUGAGUUUCCAUCUGUUCUUACAUUUAGUAAGUCUCCUUAAAAUACUUUAGUGGUUAGGUGCUCUGGGGUUUUUAUUUUUUACCAAACAUGUUCUGAGAAGUCAGGAUGCUUGUUUUGUAGGUAUGUACAGUGCUGAAUGUUAGUAUUUAUAGUGUUAAAUUGGAUAUAACAUAUCCAUUUGGGCUAAAUAAAUUUUAAAAAAUAAAUAGUUUAGAAAUUUAGAUUUUUUUUUCGACAGUCUUGGAUGGAAAUAUGAGGCUGUAUGUAGGCCUCUGCCAGAAACCCCAGCUUCUCGCAUGAGGCUAUUUCACCUGAACUUCGUAAAGAGUGGCUUUCAGGUGACCUUUAAGUUCCAGGGCUGUAGAUCGGUGGAAAAUGUAUGUGGGUCUUUUAAAACAUUCCAAAUAGAGCAUUUGAGACUAUGCCGGACUAGGUCUAAAGGACGAGCAUACAAACACCGACGGGAAUACGUGCGUAGAAGUGGAAGUAGACUGGGAACCGUGCAUCGACUGGGACAGGAAACGUCAGCCCCCUUUUAUGGAAACGCAGCCUUUUUUUAAAAGAAUGUUUUCUUGAAUUUACAGAGAGGGGAAGGACUAGAUGGAUCUUCUUUGCUAUUCAUAUCAUACCUUACAGAGCUGGUGAAGGUAGCCGAUGUUUGCGUUUCCGUCUCCGUCUCCGUCUCCUUUAUUUAAUCCGAAGCCGCUGAUGUGACUGUGUCGCGGUGUCAGUAAUGUACAGAUACAGCAGGAAAAGGUAAAAAUUCCAAACUGAGCCUACUCGUGCUCGAGGCUGAACCAGCAUCCCGACUGGCAAAUUGACCAGGUGAACGUCUAAACGGGGAGCUACCCAUAUGUACAUAACCGUGUGAACUUAUUUUUUGUUACUUUUUCAGACUUUCAAGAUUUUACGGUCCUCCCAAAUUAAUUUCUUUGUAUUAUUCUCAGUUCACUUCCUUCGGUCUGCUGUUUAAGAAAAAAAAAAUCAAUGGCGCAUUACUUAAUCGAAGCAACGAUGUGUUGCUGAAUUUAGUUUUUACUAAUUAUAGCUUUGUUUUGUACUGGCUAACUGAAAAAUCGGUCAUUUGUGAUUUAUUUUUAUUUUUUAUCUGAUCUUUUUGGGAUUUUCCGAGCAAAUGGGAUAUACUCCAUACACACUACACUUUCACACACAAAUGUUGUUUUAUAAUUUAAAUGAAUUUUUCUUAUGCUUUCUCUGAAUUUACUUGGGGGCUUUUGUUUUCCAAGAGGGUGGGGGGGGGGAACAGGUGAAGGUCAGGGGUUAAAGCUCAUCCAAGACUGUAACUAGUGAAUUUGUACAACCAAAGAAGUCUAUUUUGUGGUUCAGGAAAUAAUAAAAGUUUACUUUUCAUUUAACAA